UGCGCCGUGCAAUUGGUUCCACUCUUUCCGGUCCCACAAGCGGCGCCCAUACAUCCACGUGAAGGUCAGCAUUUGUGGCAUAAGGCGUACUUCCGUCGUGGAUUUAUUCAGACUAACGCCGACGUUAUCCGAGUAUGGACGGAAAGGCGGCGAGCACGGACCCUCAGCUGCAACAUUUCAUCGAGAUUGAAUCUCAGAAGCAAAAGUUUCAGCAGCUGGUGCACCAAAUGACGGAAGUGUGCUGGGAGAAGUGCAUGGACAAACCGGGGCCCAAAAUGGAUUCCAGGACAGAUGUGUGCUUCGUCAACUGUGUGGAGAGAUUCAUUGACACCAGCCAGUUCAUACUCAAUAGACUGGAACAGACGCAGAGGAGUCGAGGGUCUUUCUCGGACAGCAUGGCGGACUAACGUGUGCGUUAAAGGACAUUUGGUAAAUCAUGCCAACGUUUGGACGAAACAUUUUUUGUCAAAAGUGCCUCAUCCACAGCAUGUUUGUUUUCCCCUUUUGACUUGCAACACUGUUCAGUUGCUGGCUGUUUUUCUUUCAUCAUGUCAACAUGGAGAUCAGUUCAGUAACUACAGGGGUCUCAACUGACAUUGCAAGCCAAAAACAUUUUAGGAAAAACAAACAUGUAGGACAUUGUGCCCACAAUCCACAAAAACUGCAGGUUGGGUUCGUAUUGUGACGACACACCUUGAGUGAGGGUGUACAUGUGCUUAAAUUGUUAAAUUGGAUUGUACAUAAGAAAUAAAUAAUGUUACCAAUUA